UCUGUUUAUGCAUCUCUCCUGCGUCUGUUGGAGUUAAACAGAUUCGGAACACUUGACUGUGGACAGAGGCGGAGGGGACAGAAAUGCCAAUACAAAAUAGGAAAGAAAAGUUAUAAUACAGGAACCUGAGAAGUCUUGUAGGAGAAGAGGACCGAUUGUUGUGCUAGGAUGGCUGGAUUACUGCGUUGUGUGUUGCUAGUGGUGGUGUUCAUGUGUGUGUGUCUGUGGGGUUCCACCGACGGUGUGGGGGGGGCUAAGAGUCGACCGCGACCCCAAAGACGACCUCCCAAGAAGCCGAAGGUUGACCCUAUUGCGUUGACCCCACCUGCACAGAACGUAGACAUACAACAGAUGACAGGAAAAUGGUACCUGCUGAACACCGCCUCCAAGUGCUCCUACCUGAUGAACCACGGAACCAGGGUGGAGCCCACCGUUAUGAACCUCACGCCUUCCUCCGACCGAGCGCUGUCAGUCAGCACCAAGACACGACAUAAUAACCAGUGUUGGGAGAUAUUACAGGUCUACAAUGAAACACCGACCCCGGGAAAGCUAAAACUUAAAGGAGCUCGCGCUGAGCUAGACACGGACGUGGCCGUCAUAGAGACGGACUACCACUCGCACGCGAUCAUGUACUACCAGAAACGGGGCCAGAUCACCAUGAAGCUCUACGGCCGGUCUGUAGACAAUCUGUCCGAGCCUAUGCUGACUAAGUUUGAGCAACUGGCUGAAAAACAGGGUUUGGGACUGGCAUACCUCUUCCCCUUCCCCACCUAUAGUCACUGUGGUGAUGUGGACAAGAACCAUGUGAUCAACUGUGUCCCCACAUGCUGAGGAGGCAGAGCGGUCCAACAGACGGAUCCAGUCCUGCAGUGUUCCAAAGUUCACAUGCAAGAGGAGGAUUGUAUCAUUUAAAAAUGUGAACGUCGGCUAAAAAAGAAAGUGGAGAAUGCAGCACAUGUUGAAACAAAAAAUGUUACCAGCUGCAGCUGGAUAAAACAAAAUGUAGCACAAAA